CACAAGCAUCGAUUAUUCUGUAACGCUGGCCUGCUGCAGUGUUUCUAAAAACAAAAUUUUGCCUAUUUUGUUUCAUUUAUAUUAACAGGGAUUAAUGAAGGAACAACAGUAUAUAGAAGUGCCGCAGCAUGCGCCACCACCAGCAGAACCAGCAUAUGCCACCAGUCCAGGCGAACCUUGGAUGAGCAUUCCAGUGGGCAGAGACUGUCCGCAGGGCCUCGAAUAUUUAACCGUCCUUGAUGAGUUGCUUGUCUCUCAGAAAAUUCAAGAAGUUGGUCAAGUGCGGAAUCCCUUCAAGGUGAAGAACUCACUGGGACAGAAUCUGUAUUAUGCGUACGAGGAGAGCAAUAUGUUGAGCCGCACAAUGAUGCAACAAUUGCGUCCAUUCGAGAUGAAAGUAUUGGAUAACUUUCAGAAUGAGGUGUUGCAUGUGAAUCGUCCAAUGCGAUGUGAUCUGUUCUGCUGUUUUCCCAACUGCUCGAGCAUUUUAGAGGUAUCGGCACCACCUGGUCAAAUUAUCGGGACUGUGGAGAAGGUCUGCUUUUUUAUGAAACCGAAAUUUCUUAUUAAAAACUCGUUUGGCGACGUUAUGAUGAAUAUUGAGGGUUCAGUCAGUGGACCCUGGAAAUGCUGCAAAGAUAUCGACAUGAAGGUAUUCAGCGUGAACAACGAAGAGAUUGGAAAGAUAACUAAAAAUUGGUCCGGUCCCGCCAAGGAAAUGUUUAGCGACGCCGAUUACUUUAGCGUCACAUUCCCCCUGAAUUUGGAUGUGCGCAUGAAGGCUCUUCUCUUUGCCGCUGUCUUUUUGGUUAACAUUCUCCUCUACGAGAACUAGGCACUGCGCAGCUAAAAACCAUGUGUAAUAAUUCAGCAACCAUCAUAAUCGACUGCUUAGUUUUUAGAACCUGACGUUACUCUUAAGUUUUCAUUUGAACAACUCAAAUUUACAUUGGUUAUCUGAAUCUCUGCGCCAUUAACUGAAUCUCCAUCUAUGUGCAUCAAAUAUUCGUUGUACUUAUUUAUUAACACAUCUAUUUAUUUACAUACUUAACACUGAUGACGCUUUGAAAAAUAUGCGCACAAUUUUCAUUUUGAAUGCAUUUCUAUUCAUCGUAGCUUAUGUAUAUUUUUUUUAAUGAAAUUUUAUAUACCAUAUUGUACAUGUGUGUAUAUUAUCUUAAACACCGACACUCGGUUGGCAUUUAGACGCUUACCUGACCUAAGCACAACCAACACACACACACACACUGAUACAAACGAGAAAGAGUGCCUUAAGAUGUCCUUGUUAUUGUACACCUUACCCACCACACACCAUACAAAACAGACCCCAUUCAUAAGUAUAUACCUCAAUUGAAUCAAGGCCCGAGAGAGUUUAUGCUAUUUUUGUAUGUACUUAAAGACAGUGAAAUCGAUUGUUAACGUUUCGUGGAACCUACAAUGUUACCUGCAUUCUUUUGCACUAUUAAACAACCAACAACACACACUUGAUUAGUUAUGCGGUAUAAUAAAAACAAAAUAUAUUCUAUAUAAAACAAAUUGUUACUUUAUAGUAUAUUUACAAGCGAUAAGUGGAAUUGUUUACUACAUCAUUUUUAGAUGACAGUUGUGAACAUUGGAAAUGGAAAUGCUAUCUAGUGUAAGUCGUCUUCACAAACUGUAUGAAAUGUUUAAAGCAAUUCAGUUGUUCUUGGCAAAGUAUUUUGUUUUGUCAUUCGGAUUGGGCACAAUCUGCAAGAUAAAUAUUAAUUGCACAAGUGGAAAUACAUUUUAGAUGGGACAGACUCUGCUUACCGUAUCGGCGCCAGGUUUCCAGCCAGCUGGACACACUUCGCCAUGGGUAUCGGUGUACUGGAAAGCCUGCACCAGGCGUAUUGUCUCAUCCACAGAGCGGCCCACGGGCAGAUCAUUCAUCGUUAUCUGGCGCAGCACGCCGCGCUGAUCGAUGAUGAAGAGACCGCGCAGGGCGUGACCACUUGCCUCCAGAUAUACACCGUAGUCCUUGCUGAUCUUGUGCGUCAAGUCGGAGAGCAGAGGUAUCUUAACGUUGCCCAGUCCGCCCUCCUUGCGCGGCGUGUUGAUCCAAGCCAAGUGUGUGAAGUGAGAGUCAACGCUGGCAGCAAUAACCUCAGUUUUGAUCUUCUUGAAUUCAGCAAUGCGAUCCGAGAACGCAAUGAUCUCCGUGGGACAAACAAAUGUGCUGCAAUUGUGGAUUUUAUUAAAAUGUUUCGAGUUUCGUUAACUGCACAACUUACAAGUCGAGUGGAUAGAAGAGGAGCACCACGUAUUUGCCCAGAUAUUGCGAGAGCGACAGCUGCACAAUCUCUUUGUUGACCACAGCGGUGCCCUCAAAUUGUGGGGCCGGCUUUGAAACUAUGACAGAGAAUUAAUAUCUAAUACAAUAAUAAGCAGCUAUUUUUUUUACUUA